CUGCUUUUGCUUGGGAAAAGUUGCAAGGAUUUUUUUCCUAUUGCUGCUCUCAGCUGUCGACCAAGGCAAUCUGCCAUCGUCUGCCUGUCUCUUCACAGGACCACCAUAUCCUGCAUUUCUGUCUCCCACGUCUCCGCUAUCUCUGCCCGAUAGAAAGCGCGUUGGUUGACAGCCCUAGCCGCGCCAAAAAGUUGCAAACCCACACCGCGCAACUUCGCGCACAUCACAUCACGUCAAUCAACCCCAACAGGGCCCGAAAAGCCUCUUCACCAAAAUCCUAUCACUACUAACGACGCGACCUAAUACGCGACGCAACCCCAACCCACCACCUGCGGCUCUAUCGACAAGAGAGACUCGCUCACUCCCUUGUCUCGACUCUGCCAUUGUUGUCUAGAUAAUAGAAAUUAUUUUCUGGCGACUUUUGGCCUCUCCCUCCGAUUGCACUCAAAAAGCUCAGCACCGGCCACACGAGCGACUCGCAAUCAUGGAGUCCUCAUCCAAGAAGCGAAGCAUCUUCGGCCUCGGCGCCCUGUUCCAGCGCUCUACAACCCCAACUGAGCAGGACUCCAAGAAGGAUGCCACCAUGAAGGACGCUGCGCCCUCGCUGCCACGUCCCGCCAGCGCGUCAUCUGCGCCCGAGAGUCCGGCGAAGCGCGCCUCCGACUCCCAGAUGGCUUCGCGCAGAAUCAUCGGUCGGCCCCAUGGCCCAUCAAGCAAGCUCUCCCAGAGCUUCACAGCAUCAGAUCUCAACACCAGAACCGUCACGAUCGGGACACCAAGACGGAUGCCUGGCGACAAUCCCAACAAACCCUCGUUUUCCUCGUCCAUGGCGACACGCCCCAAUACAAACUUCACAGGCCAGAGCUCUACCCGAACCAACAUCUUCCGUUCCUCAGCCAUCUCAUCCCGCCCUGGCCUUCCCAACUACUCGUCCUCGAAGCCGACGAGCUCACUGAACCAGAGCUUCCCGCCAAACACCCCCGGCAGGGCGACGACACGGGCUGCUACCGCCGAGCUUAAUGGGCGCGCCCUGCCCCAACCAUCCACCUCGGGUGAUCUCUUCAAGAUGAGGAUUCAGUCCCCACCGGUUCAUCUCACGGGAGAAAUGAUGGCUAAGGAGGUGCCCAGUGAGCUCAACCGAACCGGAUCGGUCUAUGCCGACGAGUUCCUGGCGCACUACUGCCCCCCCGAUCUCGACGAGCAACAGAGACGCCAGUUCUUUUGCAUUCUCGACUUGCGACGGUUGAAGUAUGCCGCCGACGAGGUUUUUAACAAGAAAGACUGGAAGAUUAAUAUCUUGAACUUUGCAAAGGAGUACGAGAAGAGCCGAAGCUUGAUCAUGCUGCGAUAUGGCCUUUACGAGUUCAAGACGGUGCGCGCCUCCGAGGCUGUCAAGAAGGAAUGGAAGGAGAAGCACAAUAUCCCCGAUUCCGAUGAAGAGGAAGAGACUGCGCCCAAGACGAACGGCGGAGCGAAGCGCAAGGCGUCGAUCGAGCUGAGCCCUCAGCCAGGGGCCCGCCCAGGCCCUGGUCUGAGCAGUAUCCAGCGCACUCGUGCGCCCGAGGUUUCUGCGAAGAACAAGCGCAAGGCCGACGAGGAGCCCGAGGAGAGCAACCAGCCGGCCAAGUUGCAGAAGCCAGGUCCUGCCCCUGCCAAGGCUCCAUCGGCUACCAAGUCUCUGUUUGAAAAGGUCGCGAACAACACUCCUGUCAAGUCCUUGAAGGCUUCGACAAGCAGCCUCUUCGAGCCUAGCACGAAAGCCAAGCCCAACGGACUGUUUGCGUCUUCCUCGAAGCCAGCUGGGUCGUCUAAUAUCUUUGGUCAUCUGUCCGACACGAGCAAGAACAGCGGUAAUGAGGGCGCUGAUGAAGACAGUGACAGUGAAUCCGAUGCCGAGGAAGAGGACACUGAGGAGGCUAGUGGAUCCGAGGACCAGACUGACAGCGGCGAGGGUUCAUCUGGCGACAAGAAGGCGUCAGUUAACGGUACCUCGAGCUCCUCGUCGGAGGCGGGCGAGAGCUUCAGCCAGGGCCGCAGCCUGUUUGAAAGAAUCACACGGGACGCUGACGGCAAGCCAGUUCGGAAGCUCGGUACUCAUGAUGGAUCUCUGUUCCCUACCCCUGCUGAAAAGGAGAGAGCUGUCAGCCCAGUCAAGGAGACUGCCCCUGUGCCUGCGCCUAAGCCUGCGCCUGCCAACAAGACCUGGGAUGCUAAUACUCCUAUCAAGUUCGCGGCCCCGGCUGCGGCUACAGCUCCAGGCACUUCUCUGUUCGGUUCUACUGCUCCCAAGCCUGCCGCGCCUAGUGGCAGCCUUUUCGGGUCGGCCAAGCCUACGGAGACACCCAAGGAGACGCCUGCACCUACUAACCUGUUUGGAGGUACUGUGAAGACGGUUGAUGAGGCUUCCGAGGAGACUUCCAAGCCUCCUGCUAACCUGUUCUCGGGCUUCCAGCCUAAGCCCGCUGAUUCGACUCCUGCUGCUACUCCUGCUUUUGGCGGAUUUAAGCCAUCCACGUCUACCGGCACAGGCUCGUCACUCUUUGGCUCGUCCGUCGCUGCUCACGCUGCCUCUGAGCCCAAGAAGGAGGAGGAGAAGAAGGUUGCCACCGUGCCUGGUCUGCCAACCACUGCCCCUACCUCGUUCACCUUCGGCGGCAGGUCUAUCAGCGUUGCUGCCGACAACAAGGCUACUACUGCUACUGCUACCUUCAAUCCUACGGACAUGUUUGGUGAGAACAAGAAGGAGAUUGCCCCUGCCAAGCUCCUAUUUGGCGAGGCCAAGAAGGAGGAGACUCCUGCGGCGAGCACUCCUCCCGCCGCGUCCCUGUUCGGCAGCACUGCGACCACCGAGGCUGCUAAGCCCGCCGAGGCCAAGAGUCUCUUUGGCGCGAGCACUGUGGCCCCCACGAUGGAGACCAAGACCCUGUUUGGUGCUUCCGCUACUGCCCCGUCUACCGAGGAGCCUGCAGCGAAGAAGUUUGCCUUUGGCAGCACUGACACCAAGUCUGCGACUCCUUCUCUUUUUGGAUCUAAUGCUUCCACUCCUGUACCUGAGGCUCCCAAGCCUGCCGAGACUAAGAGCCUCUUUGGCGCAGGUACUGCUGCUCCUGCCACGGAUACUAAGAGCUUGUUCGGCGCUUCGACCGCCGCUCCGGGUGCCAGCUUGUUCGGAAGCAACACACAGCCUGCCGCUGCCGGCACGCCUCUCUUUGGUGCCAGCACCACUGCGGCCCCGGCUACCGAGACCAAGAGUUUGUUUGGUAGCACUGCGACUACACCUGUUCCGGAGAGCAAGCCUCUUUUCGGUAGCACUACGCCGGCCCCCGAGACCAAGUCUUUGUUCGGUAGCACCACUCCUGCCCCGGAGGCCAAGCCCUUUACGUUUGGUGCUGCUCCUGCGGCGGAGACCAAGUCGCUGUUUGGCAACACUUCUUCCGCUGCCACGGAGACGAAGAGCCUGUUUGGCACCACUUCGGCGCCAGAGAGCAAGCCCUUCUUUGGUGGAAGCACGAUCCAGCCAGAGUCGAAGCCUCCUGCCAGCCUGUUUGCUAACAGCCAGACUCUGGCGCCCUCUGCGCCCCUGGCUAGCAACAUUUUCAGCUUUGGUGGCUCGCAGACUACGGUUCCGGCUACACAGUCCUUUACCUUUGGAUCUACACCUGCCUCGCAGCCUGCGGCGCCGGCGGGUGGUUCCACCUUUGGCAAUGCCGGUGCCACUGCCGGCGCUUCCACCUCGUUCAACUUCACGGCCGGUGGUAGCAACUCGGCCAACAACUCGUUCAACAACCCAUUCACGUCGGGCCAGGACGGUCCCCCGACCGCCCCGACAUCUUUCACCUUCGGCAGUGGUGCUCCUGCCGCCACGCAGUCCUUCACCUUUGGCAGCACCCCUGCCCCUAGUGCGGGCGGUGUCCCUACUUUCAGCUUCGGUGGCGCGUCGGAUGCCGGCGCUUCUCAAGCCGUUCCUUCAUCGGGGCCCGUGUUCUCCUUUGGUGGUGCGUCCCAGAACCCCGCCGGGGGUUCCAUCUUUGCAAACAGUUUGGCUCCUGGUGGGGGAACCUCUACAGGUACAAAUACCCCUUUCACAUUCGGAGGUGCUUCAAGCCUGGCGACGACGCCGGCUGCUGGGACCCCCGAGCCUUCUGCCAGCGGCAAUAAUGCUGCCGCUGCUGCUGCUGCUACUGCCACCACUGCUACUCAGGAUGGUAACACUCAAGGGACAAACGCUGACGGGGAUGACGCACCACAGGAGCAUCAAAUCUCGCUAACCGACGGCGGCCGGGGCGAGGAGGACGAGUCCGUCGUCCAUGAAGUCCGCGCCAAGGCAAUGAAGUAUAACACGGGAGAGGCUGACGAGAACGACUCGUCGACUGAUAAUAACAGCAACAAGAAGAAGGGGUGGGCGGUGCAGGGGAUUGGUAAUCUGAAGCUGCUGAAGCACAAGGAGACAGGGGCGGUGAGGUUGUUGCUGAGAGCAGAGCCGCGCGGGCACAUUGCGUUUAAUAAGUUGUUGAUUCCGAGCAUAACGUACAAGGUUGACCCGCCGGGGGCGAAGGCGGUGAAGGUGGUGGUGGCGAAAGAUAAUGGGAAGGGGUUGGAGACGUGGAUGUUGCAGGUCAAGACGAAGGAGAUGGCGGAGGUGUUGGCGGGGAAGUUGGAGGGGGAGAAGAAGGGGAAUGAGAAGAAGUGAGGGGAGAGGUUGGGGAGUAGUUUAUUAUUGUUUUUUUAUUUAAAACUUGGGAAUGGUGUAUGGGUUGGGAGUAUUGUAUAUGCUAGGCAUUGAUCAGCAUGGGGUAUAUAAAAGGUAAGGGUUUUUUUUUCUUGUUUCGACACAAAUGGUUUUUUUUGUUUUUUUUUUAGUUUGCAUUAGAUGGCAGCACAUA